AAGUUCUAGUACUGUUACGCAAAGUUUUCUUAGUUCACAGAGAGUUGUCUGAAGUAGUAGUACAAUCACCUUUGAAGGAAAAUAUGGCAUCCCGUGAUCUGAGUUAUCGAGCUGGUGAAACCAAGGGCCAAGCUGAGGGGAAAGCCAACCAGACGAUGGUUGCUACGAAGGAGAAGGCCCAAGAAACCGGUGAAGCUGCCAAAGGGAUUACCUCAAGAGCAGCCCAGUCUGUGAAAGAGUCCAAGGACCAAACCGGAAGCUACCUCUCUGAGAAGACCGGGGUCGUAAAGGAAAAGGCCUCCGAAGCCGCGGAGUCAGCGAAGCCGAAGGAUCAGGCUGGCCCUGGAAUACUCCAACAGACCGGGGAGCGUGUGAAGAACAUGGCCCAAAGUGCGGCGGAUGCGGUGAAGAAUACGGUUGGCAUGGGCAAAGAAGGCGAAUGAUGCUGAGGAUGAUAAUAGCCCUCAUAAUAACGAGGGAAACUAUAAAUAAUAAGGACGAUAUUUUGAAUUUGGGAAUGGAAGUCUGCUGCCUGUCUCUUUUGUUCUGUAAUCUAUCUUAAUUUAGUUGUUUGGGCAUGUUUGGUCGAAGUCCUUUGCUUUCGAUCUCCAUUCGGUGAAAGGGAGACGUUAUUUCAACUUAGAAAGAAAUCACAUGUAAUCGUAUUGGCUUCACUUUCCGUUCUUCUUUUUAAAUUGUUAUUCGUUCU